AUGGCUUCACCUCUUAACAGCACAUGUGAUGCAGCCAUUCAAAUAGCUCUGCUUUCGAAAAAAAUUCAAAUCGCCGAUCGAUUGGUUAGGAACGAUAUUGGUGCUCAUGCCAGUUUUGGAGGUGGAGAUGAUUCACCAACAAGGACAGAUAGGUACCUAAGUCCGAUUUUACAAGCAGGUUGGAAUGAAUCAGAUAUCUAUGGAACAACCUAUGGUGAUGGUGAAAGGACUUUCCUAUAUGCGGACAGUAUGAAAUGCGAGUAUGUGAAGCAGAUUCGAUUAUUAAUACAAGCAGUGGCGGCGUUCACAGAGCAACGUGUAGAUGUAAUCGGAUAUUCUAUGGGGUCUCCAAUCUCAAGAAAGGCAAUACUCGGUGGCCAGUGUGUGGAUACAAAGGAAGAAUUGGGAGCACCUCUAACGGAACUCAUCGACACAUUUGUUUCAGUUGCUGGUGUAAACUAUGGAGCACAGCUUUGUUUUCUUCCAAUCGCAAAGCUCUGUAAUCCGAUCAGCGGGCUUUAUUGUACAUCGAAGUACCUAGAGGACAUAAACACCAAGCAAAAAUACGAAGGGCUGUACAUCUACGCAAUUUACUCCGAACAAGAUGAGAUCAUUGGUUAUCGAAACACUUGUGGCAACGUCUCUGCAUCGCUAGCAGGAGCUGAUGAGGAAUUUCAAAGACCCGGUGGCCAUGCUCAAAUCAUGGAAGGUACAGUGGAUCUACAAGCUAAUCUUAUCAGCAGGCACCGAGAAGAUCAUCAAUGA